UUUCCGUCUCUGCAGGUUGAUUUGAGGGAGAAUCAACUAACUCUUUUUUGGCGGAACUGCAGCUCUCCAUAGGCUUAUGACGAUAACCGAAGGUACUUCAUCGAGCAACCUCAUAUCUGCGACUUGAGAUCAUCUUUUUUAGCAAAGGACAGUGCAAAUGAAAAUCGCGAUGGUAAAAAGUUGUCUAUCGUUUUUCUGGACGAAACGUGGCACAGCCACAAAAUCAUGGCAGGAUGGCACUGUACACACGUCAAAACAAAAAACUGGCGAACGCGCAAGCUGUUGACCUCAGAGCAUGA